UCCGAUUGGUCCAUACGUAUUUUCGUUGGUAGGCGGUUUGUUUGGAUUGUUAUUCUGCCACACUGCAAGGUGAACCGAGCCAACCUUUUAAUUGUUCAAUAAAACUGCUGGUAUCAUACCACUAUUAUCUGGGGAAGGAUGGAUGAAUCUACGAAACGCCUAGUGCAGCGACUUAUGAGACGGAUACCGUCUAAAAUGCUGAAAAUAACGCUGGAGAAGUGGGGCCGUUUGACUGAGAAACAGCAGCGGGAGAUCGAGGCCGUGCAGUCAAAACGGGCGUUAACGGAACAUCUACUUUCAUUUUGCGAGAAAAACGAGUUAGGGGUCAAACGCCUCACAGAACUCGAGAUGAUACAUAUUAUUGACAAUCCAAACCAAGAGAUGUGGUAUGCCUUCAGACUUUCUGACCCUGAAGAUGAUGCUCGCUCUGUAGAUUUGAUGCAGUUCAAGGAACAAUUCAAAUCUCACAUAAGAGAACUUGUGAGCCAGGUGUCUGUCAAAAUAAGAAAGCACACAGAUGAAGCCGUUUGGAUUCGGAUUGCAUGGGGAGACACCUACUCUUGCCCCAACCAUCUUAAACCAACAUAUGUUGUUCACAAUCUUCAAACACCGUAUGUCUUUGUGACCAGUCUGACUUCAAAGAAAAAGCUCAUGUUAUCUCAGGCCUUGGUUCUGUCCACCCGAUAUCAGUCUUUAAAGGAUGCAAACCUCAGUGGCCGGAAACUCACUGCCAUUAGGGACCUGCUGAUGAGGCAGUAUCAACAGGUGUUUCCCACCAAGUAUCCCAGCCCUCUCACAGAAAGAAAUCAAACAGUCACAAACCCACACAUCGAAAGAGAACAGGCGAAGCCUGCAGAACGCAGACUACAGUUGGCCUGUGAGGCCUUUGGUGUUGGGAUGUUACCUCAGCUACAGUCUGCAGUUUACAAGCUGGAGACAAAACUCAGAGACCACACCGACAGAACCAUGAGGGAGCGAGAGGAGCCCUUCAGAUGUGUUGUCAAAUUUGCCAGCACAAACCUCCUGGAGUCACUCAAGAAUUGUGCAUCUUCAGGAAUUGCCUCCACCCCAGUCACACCUCUGCUUUCAUCUAUACCCCUUAAGGGAAAGAAUUAUUUUGUCAUCACAGAAAAUGGACCUGGUCCUUCCUCACAAAUGUCCUAAACACAGAACUGAUGCGUGACAGGACCUUCACGUAAAGGGGUCACAGCAUGGUUGCCAUGUCUGGUCAACCCAGGGUUUGACUUUUAUUGUUUUAUAAUCAAUCUCCUUGUUCAAGAGCAGCUGCCCGUCCAAUUUCUCUAGCACUCAAUGUACCCUUUAUUACCCAGUUGCAAAUAUCUCAGUAGUGGACAACAGAUAAUUGUUAUUUUAUUUGUUUGUGUGUUUUUUUAAUGUAUGUCCAUGUUAGAGGGUUCAUUUAAGCUCCAUUGUCUCAGCACAAACUAUUUAAAGGAUAGUUUCAGACUUUUUAAAGUGUCUUAAAACUGUACUUGCAUUCCCAUAUUUGCAUAGAAGAGUAACUGGAUUCUCCUGUGCAAAUCGGUUCUUCUCAACACAACUACCCUUUAAGAGAUAGAGUAUAAACUGCCCAAAGCUGACAUGAGUUAGCCAUGUCAAUUGUGUAUUUUCCAAAGUUAUAGUAUGUGUUGCUAAAACACCCCACUGUUAAAUCGAAUUUCUAGAAAUGCCUAGAAGGUUUUCAUGUGAGGUCAAACUUUAACCAACAGUUUUGAUUGAAAUAAAGAGUUAUAGCUUAUAGAAAAGAUUCACUUCCAGUGCUUCAACCAUUCAAAGGUUCAAAGGUUUUAUUUGUCAUAUGCACAGCAGAUACAGCAUAUAUGUUGGCAAUGGAAAUCUUAUAUCCCAGGCUCCUCCAACAAUUCAACAUACACAGUGCAAAUAAGAUAAAUAAAAUAA